GUUUUGAUUUUUUUUUUUUUUUUUUUUUUUUGUAUUUCAUUGUUCUUAAUUGUUUUUGUGUGUGUGGCAGGAAUUAAAAGCCUCUUGAAUAUUCACAGAUUAGCCACGGAAUCUCAGGACUAACACCUCGCAGAUACUGUAUAUCCGAUUUGGCUUUUUGGGAGGGAUAAAACAUUAGGAUGUCACUCACGCAAGUUGUUCGUUGGGGUUGAGGAUUCCUGUGUUAUCAACCUGAAGUUUGCUUGAAGUUAUGCUCACAUGGGUGACAUUCAAGAAAGAUUGUCAGUUUCAUCGUCUUCGUCUUCCUCGUCAUCCUCAUUGUCACUAUCAACAGCACAACCUAAAGGGGUUUCAUUGCCAAUAGAUGGGGAUUCUUGGAGGAUUGCAGAGGAGAGAGCUCAUGAGAUACUUUGCACUAUCCAACCUGUCGUUAUUUCAGACAGAAGUAGGAAUGAGAUCAUUGAUUAUGUACGAACUCUAAUCAAGAGUCAUGAUGGAAUUGAGGUCUUUUCAUUUGGCUCAGUGCCACUUAAAACAUAUCUCCCAGAUGGAGAUAUUGAUUUGACGGUCCUAACUAACCAAAAUAUGGAUGACGAUUUUUAUGGACAAUUGUGCAAUAAGCUUCAAAAUGAAGACAGUAAAUCUGAAUUCCAUGCAACAGAUGUUCAAUUUAUCCCUGCGCAGGUCAAGGUCAUAAAGUGCAAUAUCAGGAGCAUUGCUGUGGAUAUCUCUUUUAAUCAAACGGCAGGUCUCUGUGCUUUAUGUUUUCUGGAACAGGUUGACCAACUCUUUGGGAGAGAUCAUCUUUUCAAGCGUAGCAUCAUCUUAGUUAAAGCUUGGUGCUACUACGAGAGUCGAAUUCUUGGUGCAAACACUGGAUUGAUCUCAACAUAUGCAUUAGCAGUACUGGUCUUGCACAUCAUCAACCUAUUCCAUUCAUCAUUAUCUGGCCCUUUAGCGGUUCUGUAUAAGUUCUUGGACUAUUAUGGUUCAUUUGAUUGGAGCAACUUCUGUAUCAGUGUCAGUGGCCCUGUGCCAAUAUCCUCCCUUCCUGAACUUAUGGCAGUUUCUCCAGAAAAUGAGCAUGACUUAUUGCUUGACGAGAAGUUCUUAAGAAACUGUGUAGAGUUAUACUCUGCUCCAACUAAAGCUGUUGAAGGGAAUGGUCUUGAAUUUCCUGUCAAACCUCUCAAUAUAAUUGAUCCUCUAAAACACAGCAACAACCUUGGAAAAAGUGUUACACAAGGAAAUGUCCAACGAUUAAGACAUGCUUUUACCCAUGGUGCUCGAAAGCUCAGAGAUGUUCUUGCACUACCUGGUGAAAUCAUGGGAUGGAGACUGGAGAGAUUCUUUCGUAACUCUUUGGAGAGGAAUGGUAAGGGUCAAAGGCAAGAUGUAAUUGAUCCCGUUACUGCAUUUGGUACUGGAAGAUCAGAAUUAUCUGAACUUAGUGGAGAUUUCGAAGGUUACUUUGGAAGACUUGUGUAUGGGCAAAUGUAUCAUGGCUAUAGCAUACCUGGAACUUUUCAGCAGAGCUAUAUCCCUGUGACUUCUCAAGUUAAGGACCAGAAUGGUUGGGAUAUCGUUCGUCACCUUGUGAGUUGUCGAAAGAACGAGUUUUCUUUGAGAGGUCUCAAUGUAUCAACCUCAGUGCAGCCUUUUCCUCUGCACUCUUUAAAUAAUGGCUUUCAAAACAUGAGAAAGAGGAGAGGAACUGGCACUUUUAUUCCUGACAUGAGUCAACAGUUAUACUCCGACAGGUCCAGAGACCCGGGUACGGGUAACACAUUGACUAAUCGUUUAGCAACUUCCGCUGAGGCAAUUAAUGAUGAGGGAGCCAGUAGUUGCUGCAAUUUUUCUGGUGAAGUGUCUACUUACUGUACUGGUAACAAGGGAGAAGAAUGUGUGAGACCAGGGGAUUGCACUGACCCAGAUCAGCCUGUGCUGAAAUCUCCAAGAUGCGUGAAUCUGGAGAUAGAUGAAAAUUGCCAAUCUCCACCACCAGAGAACCUAGUAGAUGCCAUAUCUUCAAGCACAUUGGUACUGGAAAAUGGGAAAGAAGAGUACAGCAGAUCAUAAACGGUUCUUGACUUGUAGAGAUUGUGACCGAAUCUUUGGUUGAUAUCUUAUUAUUACCAUCAGGAUUACUAGGCUCUCUUAACCACUUAGACAAAUUCUGUUUAGGAUCCAAAAGAUACAACAGGAACUUGAUUAUGUUGUUGACCAGUGUUUCAUUAGAGAUCUCUUUUUCAUUGUUAGGACAGAAUUUACAACAUUGGUAUAGAUUAGCUAUUUAUUUGUC